AUGACACCCCAGGAAAGCGUAUGCUUCGAUGUAGAGUACCAUGGAGAUCUGUGCCAUGUACAAAUUGGGGAUGUAGAACCAAGGAAGGAUGUAGGACGUGUUGGAAGAAAUGAUGCGUCGAUUUUAAUAGCUCCCCCCCAAAUGAAGUGUAUCUACUUGUGCAAAUGUAACGAUUCGCGUGGCGAUCACGACAGAGACAAUUUCGGUGAAGGAAAGAACCACAUCUCCAUCCUGCGAAUCGGUAAAGAAGUUAAAAAGGAUUUGAUGAGAAAUAACUAUGCAAUGAGAAGUGCAGAAUUCGGAAAGGUAGAUAACAGAAGGUGUAAAAAGGUCAUUAGUGAAAAGGGCUUCCAGAGCAUCGAUGAGGAUAGCAGAGAACGUGUUAGAUUCUGCGAGGUGUGCCACCAUGCUUGUACUAUUGCAGAAUACAGUGCCCCCGGUAGAUCUAAGGACUCAGAGGAAUAUCUACAGGGGGAACGUCGUACCCAAAAGGGAAUGAAGGUACCCAUCCACGAGUGUAACAGCUUGAUACAUCAGCACAGAAAAGGUAGCAGUAGUAAUUGCCCAGGAGGGAAUGCCAUAUUGAAAUACCCGAAAAAAGGGAAGAUGAAGAAGAAAAAAAAAAAGAAAAGAAAGGAAAAGUCAAAUGGAAAUAUCACUAUUCGGGUUGCUGAAACAUCCAAAAUGGCAUCACUUUUGUAUAAAAGAAAUUUGCAUCGGAGGAAUGAUAAAAAUUUGAGCAAUGACAAUGUGGUGAUUCCCUCCUCAGGAGAAGAAAAAAAUGAAAAUGUGAUAGAAUUAUCAAAGGGGAAGCCUGUCAACGGUUUAGAAGGGGAAAUAAGAAUCAGCAGCUAUGGGAAAGAAAACGCACUUAAAAAGAAGUCGAUGCUGAGCUGCAAAAAGGGGAGAAAAGUUUUUAGGUCCCAUUUAAAGCUACACAGACUCAAGUGCCGUAGUAUGAAGAUAAUAGAAAAGUUAAAAGACGCAAUGAUAAAGGAAAAUAUAGCUUACAACAAGAGAAGGAUGACUCGAAACGGGGGUCACGACGGCGGGAGUUCUCUUUCCAUCAGGGGGGAGGAAGUGGGCCCUGUCGAUAAAGGUGAUACUGAUGAGGGUGCUCUUGAUAAUGAUAAGGGUAAGCCUGAUAAUCAUAAGGGUUAUCUUAAUAAUGAUAAGGGUCAUCUUGAUAAUUACCCUAGUCAUGCAAAUAGGGACCGAGUGGGAAGGGGCCUCUUUGCCAAGCGAACAAAAAAAGGCACCUUCCUGGACGAAGCAGAUUGUUUAGUAUACAAAUUUCGAAGGACACUAAGGAGAUACGUGAAAAAAGAUCUAGAUAAAAAAAUUAUGAUUCUGGAGAAUCUCCUUCAGGCGAAAAGAAACAUAGCGAAUGAGAAAAUGGUACACACCUUUAUAGUUCCAUCCAUGUCAGAUCGUGCCCAUAGAAAUAUUUCUAAUUAUUGCAGUUAUGUAGAUAAAUAUGUGAGGAAGUUUUUCGACUCCUACUUCGUCACGCUAGUUAAUCAAUUUUUUAAUAAUUACUUUUUUCACCAUAAGAGGAAAUGUGUAAAAAAUUACGCUGGUAGUUUUGGGGCCAGGGGAGGGAACCUCGAUGGUGAAACCGCUUCUCAUCAUGAACCUUUUUGUCACUCCAGAUAUAGCACCAAGAAUGAUAAUGUGGCAUGCAAUAAGGUCAUCUGUUCCUCGUGCCUUGACAUAAGUAAGGCAAAUUCGGCGCCUUCCAGUGGGAAAGAAGAUACCUCCAGGGAGGUUAAGAACAUGGCACAGGGGAGAAACUCUUUCCCUAUUUUCUCCCUUCCCAAUGUAAAUCGCAACCCAAUUGAGGGACAUGGCAGUGCUGGAAGAGAUCCUUCCUCUAGUUACCUAAACAAGUGCUGUAAUGGGGAAUCAUCGGUUGUGGAGCCCCCGAAGGGGAGUAACCCAUCUGGCAGCGUCUUGAAUAGGUUGCAUGUCGAGCCUUUCCAGAAGGACAGAAACUUCAGAGUUAGUGCAAAUUCUAAGAGGAGAAAUUCCCCGUGUGGUGAGGUGAAGCCUCGUGCAGCAGAUUACCCGCGGGAGAGGGGUAGCAUGGGUGGAGAGCGGACCCAAGGGCGCGUCUGCGGCUGCAACGACACAAGUGCGGAUAGCGGCGGGAGUGGCAGCGGGAAUGGCACUGGGAAUAGCGGUGGUAAUGGCAGUGGGAAUGGCAGCGGGUGUAGCAAUGGGAAUAGUAGUGGAAACAGCAGGGGCAGUCGCAGCAAGGAAAACGGAGGCAGCAAAGAAAACGACGGCAACAGCGAGGACAACAAUGAGGACCACAAUGAGGACAACAAUGACGACAGUGGAAACGAUAGCAGCAAUGAGAGCAGCAACGAUAGCGGUAAGGACAAUGCAAAGGAGAAAGACACAAAGGGUAACAACCGAGGGAGGGAUGAACACCCGGACGAACCAAAGGAGAAAAGCGGCUUGAGUACACACAAUAACGAACACGAAAAUUAUUACAAGCUGAUUAGAGAAAUUGAGUCUUUGGAAAACAAUGAAAAUGCGAAAGAGAGCACCUCGGUGAACAAAAAGGAUUCAAUAGAUACAGUUCCAGGAGGGGAUGAACAAAAGGAGAGAUCGGCAGGAGAUGAUAAUUGCCAAAUCAAAUUAGACACAGGAACAAUGGAGAAGGAAGAGGAUGCGAGCAUGAAAUUGGAGCGCAGUGGGGAAGACAAUCAAUUAUUAAACAUAAAUCAAAUGAUAAUUCACACCAGCAGUUAUGUUAGUCAGCCGUUGAAAUUGCCCCUUCUACCGGAGAUGAGUCACCCGAAUUCGUAUUCGUCUCUUUCCCCUCGCAACAACACCUGUGGGAGUAGCAGUAGUAGCAGCAGCAGUGGAAGUAGCGGCAAUGGUGGUAUCGGCAGUGGUGGUAGCGGCAAUGGUGGUAGCGGCAGUGGUGGUAGCGGUAGUGGUGGUAGCGGUAAGAGCAGUGGGAGCUGUAAUAACCAGGGAGGAGGUAAAAACAACACCAAUCAACUAAAUGACCCUGAUUUUGAAGAAGCAUGUGACAUUAGACUAAUGAACACCCCGGAGAAUAUGAAAUUUUCGCAGUCUCCUCCGACAAGCUCCCUACAUGCAUCGUCCCUACAUCUAACCGAUGUGAAUGAAUUAGUCCUUUCGCCCAAUCAGCAGAUAUAUUCGAAUAGCCCAUUAAAGUCGCCCAACAGCACGCCCCUUACCCCCGCGUCUCCCAUUUUUGAUUCCAACUAUAAUGAAGAGAACAUGGAAAAGGUGAACUCCAAUUAUCUCGUUUCGUCCCCCUAUAGAAAUGACAUUUUCUCUGAAUUUGAUAUGCUGGGAUCAUUUUUUGAAUCACUCGAUGAAUUGGAAAAUAAGAGUGACUACACGGAGAGUAGCAGUAAUGAGAACUCCAAAUUUAGUCACGACUUUUCGCUAGAUAUGUGUGAUUCGAAAAAAGGGAAAAAGGAAAACAUACGAAAGGAUGAAGUCAUUUAUAAUUUUAAGAGGGACAAUUAUAAGAGGGUAUUCCAUGGAUGGUGCAAUAAAGGAAAACACGAAUUGAACUACGACAAUAAAAAGUUCAACUCUAUUAUGGAGUGGAUAAAUUAUAUAGAGGAGCUCAUGUCCCAUGAGGGGCAGAAUGAUAACAAGGGUGACGAGGAGGAACAGCCACAGUCGCAUCAGGACCAGCACAUGGGGGGAGUACUGGGAGCAGAGAUUGGAGAACAAAUGGGAGGACAGCUGAGAGAACCGCUGCAGGAGGAACAGUGCGACCUGCACGAGAUGGAGCAUGAACUGGAGCACGAACCGCAGCAGGAGGAUAUUAUCAAAAUUGGCAUGAACCCUAACUUUUUUAAUAACGAGGAAAAUGUCUACCAGGUGGGUAAUAGCGCGUUUCGCAGUGAUGAGUACAUGCCCAUGGGGGAAGAAAACGAAGGGGGCAUCGGGGAAGUUAACUACGGAGGUAGUGGCGAGGUGGACUACUCGGUUAACAGCGGGGUGGACUACCUGGUGAGCAGAGGUGUCGAUUACAUGGUUAGCAGCAUGGCUGACUAUGCCGUCAGCGGAGGUGGGGCCGACUGUGCUAAUGGCCAGGGAGAGUAUUACAAAGACAGUGGAGAUAGCGGCGCCCUGAAAGAAGAGAACAAGUGUGACAAUUUAUUAGCUAGCCAAAAUGUAAAUGUGAUGAUGAGCACCCCCGAACAGUGCAACAAUUCCUUCCUAGCAGAUAAUUUAAAUGCUUACCAGCCGAAUCAGAGCGGAUCAGGAGAGGGAGGAAUGAGCAGCCCGCAUAAUCACUGUGAUCUUCUCUCCUCGUCAUUAAUAAAGCCAAGUUAUGAUGCCAAUCCGUGCAUAAGUAAUUUCGGGGGGGAACAGAAUUUGCUAUCCGAGUACAACAACGCGGAGGAUAACAUCACCUACUGUAAUAAUGACACCCGGCAGGAGGCACCCGGUGAUUAUUUUCUCCCCUCAACGUUAAACGGAGCGCAGAUUGAGAGCGGCUCCUUUGGUGUGGGCAGCAGUGGCUUUGUGUGGAACAAUGGCGCAAGUGGGGCCGAGGGAAACGCUGCAGGAAACAUCGCCGGAGACGUAGCAAACGUAGGAGACGCUGCGGAUAACCGUGCGGGGAAUCACCACGCCCACGUGCACCACCCCCUCGGCACGGAGAGCACCCUUUUGGGCCUGGACGAUGCGCAAAAUGUUGGGACGAAGAAUGAAAAGGACACGACUGACAAUAGCACGCCUUCGUCCAACUGUGCUCAUGUCCCAGAUCCAUGGCUGGCUCAGUGA